UAUCAGUGUACGUGUGCAUGGAAAGCAAUAAGCGGCAGCUACAAAGAAAUGAUGUGACAACUUGGUUCCUGGACAAUCAAAUAAUCAUGAAAAUACAAAAUUCCGUUUUCCUGGUUACAGGAGGUGCCUCAGACGACUAUGGAAGAGCUACCGUUGAAAAAUUACUAAAAGAAGGGGCAAAAGUGAUUAUUUGUGAUUCGCCCACGAAGGAUUUAAAUAUUUAUGCAGAUGAUAAGGCCAUAUUCUUACCGAUUAAUAUAAACGACGAUAAAGAUACAAAAAUCUUGGCUGAAAUUAUAGAGGAAAAAUAUGGCAGAUUAGAUGGUGUAGUUAAUUGCAUUGACGUUUAUAAAUCAAUACCACACAGCCUCGAAGAGGUUUCUACCAUUGUACAUGAUAACAUCCUGGGUCCAUACAAUAUCAUCACAUGCACAAUCCCCCUAAUAUCCAAAAAUAUCCCUAAAAAAAGUAGCGGUAGAGGUAUAAUCAUUAACAUGUCAAAUGGUGCUGCAUUUGAUGGUAUGUGCCCAUAUGCAGCCAGUAAAAAUGCUGUCAUCAAAAUGACCGAGUGUCUAAAUUUUGAGUUGCAAGGAAUUCAAAUUAGAUCUGUAGCGAUUGUGACGAAUCAUAGAAAACAUGGAAUCAAUGCAGCCGCAGAAGAUAUACAAAAAUUUGUGGAAAUGGUUAAAACAGUUAUUGAAAUGCCUAUUGGUAUGAGUUCUCCUGUAAUAAGAGUUGAAAGUUGAUGUUUGGAUCAUAGGCUCAUACAUUAUACAAAAUUAUUGUUAACUAGUCUUUAGGUUUAUAUUCGUAUUCCAAAUACAUAUGUUCUCAUGACAAUAUUAUAACAAAAAAGUCAUAGUUCCAUUAUUCAAAUAAGCGUUCAAAUUGUGGGUCAUAUCGUGACUCAACAAGAUUAUUUAGAGAAAAAUCUAAAUUUUAAUAAUAUCGCAUUCGGUCGGUGUAUAGGUAAGUAACCAUUAAUAUGCGGUUCUGGUUACUUACUACUUAUAGAUAUUUUCUUCUUAGUCCGUUGUGAAACUGCUGAUUUGCAUAUGACAAUUUAUAUCUUCUGGGUUUUUACCACAUAUUAUUUAAGAUAUGGAUUGUUCGUUAGUUACCUAAAUAUGUAUUUAUUUCGAUGUGCAAUUUUUAUUGGGAAAAAUAUUAGGAGUGCUGUUGUUCUAAGAGCCAGCAUCAUAAUUAUUAUUUCCUGAAAAACUAAAUCUAGGUGUAUGUCGGAGAGUAGGUAGUCAGAAUGACAGAGGAGCUUUUGAUUUUUUUUUUUUUUUGUCCAGUUAGGCAGGAUAUAAAAAUUUAGAAAAAAUAGGUAUCCUAUAGAAAACUGAAAACGAUCUUAUAAAUAUUUGUAACUAGAGGUGAAAAUAUUUCAUGAAUCAUGACAUCAGUAAAUCAAGAAAACAAAUUAGAUCAUAUACAGGGUGUCCUCAGAUACACUGACACAUUUUGCAGGUAAAUAUAUUGAAAACGAGAAAAGAUAAGGAAAUGCGGUUUCUUUUGGGAGAAUGACAAUUUUUUUCCACAUCAUUGCCAAAUCCUAAAAUUUACCCAAAUUUGGGUCUACAAACUUUUUUGUCUGUAGUUUUUAACUGUUAACUGUCAUAUAGACAAUUAAUGAAUAUGUAAUGAAUGACUUGACGUUUGUUCAAGUGUGUUGUAACGUACGUUCAAAU